UUGAUUCAAAUAUAAACUAUAGGGGUAAUUCCGAAAACAAGAAAAACUAAAGGGGUAUAAAUAAAAUACAAUUUAAUAAGAAGCAGCAUAUUGUAAAGAAAGCGGUCGUCGUCGUCGUCUUUUCUCGUCGGAAGCUAUCAAAAAAGAAUCGGCAGAGCCUCUCUCGCUUCUCUUUGCAUUCACCGACUCACUACGAUCUUAAAGUGGAGUUACCAAGAUGGCGUAUGAACUAACUGAGCAAAAGAAAGUUGGGUUAGGCCUGAUUGGCUUUGGUUUAUCAUUUUCGUUUCUUGGUGUCAUCUUGUACUUUGACAGAGGUUUGCUCGCUCUUGGAAACUUGUUUUGGUUGAUAGGUGUUGGGCUUUUACUUGGUUGGCAGUCAACUUGGAGACUAUUCACCAACGUUAACAACUUGAAGGGCACAGUCUGUUUCGUGCUUGGACUCUUUCUUAUAUUUGUACGUUGGCCAAUAAUAGGCAUUAUCCUUGAGACAUAUGGUUGCAUUGUCCUAUUCGGCGGAUUUUGGUCAACGGUAAAGAUGUUCCUGUCCCAGAUUCCUUUUGUUGGAUGGAUGAUUCAGUAUCCUCUCAUGGUUCUUGAGCAACUUGUACGAGGUUCUCGUUGAAAAAGAUACAUAAUCUCAAUCCCAUCUCUUCAGCCUCUUCAAAAAGCUUCUCUAGAAUUCCAAAACAACUGUUGCUUUACUUUUUUUGUUUUCUUUUAGAAAUAGAAUCAAAUCCUUUUACGUUCCUUUUUUUUGGGACAUGACAGAGACUUUGCUCUGUUUCACAUUCUAACUUUCUUUCUAUAUGUAUAUCCAAAAAAGUAGUUAUAUCUUUAAAUCGUUUUUUUUUCUCA